AUGGCACCUCGUCUCUCCGCUCUGACGUUCCCUACAACUGGCUUUGAUAUCAUUGACGCUUCUAAGAAAAUCGAGGAAGAGACCCUUCCAGCUUACAAACCGGAAAGCUACUAUCCAGCUCAGUUAGGGCAGAUCCUCAAAGACAGAUAUCAAAUUGUUGGGAAGCUAGGAUACGGCGGCUCUUCGACUGUCUGGCUCUCUCGCGAUUUAGCCGACUCUAAGCAUGUUGUGUUGAAGCUAUGUACAAACUCCACAAAACAGAACCGCGAGAUUGAGGUCUAUAAGCAUCUAGAGACCGUUCGCAUCGACGAACCCGGCAAAUAUAUCUAUCGAAAACUGUACGAAUCUUUUGAAGUGGAAGGGCCCCAUGGCACCCAUAUAUAUGUGCAAUCUCGAAAUAUGCUACUUGAUAUUGACGAUCCCAAGGUAUUUUCAGUUUUCGAAGAUGCUGAAACACAAGCACCAGCACCCAGGAAGUUCCUUGAUGAUCGAACGAUCUAUAUGAGCCGGCGACUACUACGAACACCGCGUCUCCCAAUGAUAACUGAUUUUGGCGAGGCUCGAAUUACCAACGGGAAGGACAAACUCCCAUGGGAAGAUGUAAUGCCUGAGGUCUACAGGGCGCCGGAAAUUAUCCUUGAAAUGCCCUGGGAUAAUAAAAUUGAUAUCUGGGGGAUCGGAAUGAUGUUCUGGGACCUUGCCGUGGGACGAACUCUUUUCAAAGCUAGAAACGAGGAAAGGUUACUGGAUGACUCGAUUCACCUUGCAGAAAUGAUCGCGAUUAUGGGCCCUCCGCCAAAGGAGUUUUUGGAGCGAGGGAAGAUGGGACGUUUCUGGUGGGACGAGAACGGUAAUUGGAGAGGUGCAUCUCCUAUUCCCGAUGUCUCACUGGAGAAACUAUCGGAGAAGAUGUAUGGCGGGGAAAGGGAAGGAUUCCUCGCAUUCCUUCGGCGGAUUCUCCGGUGGUUGCCUGAAGAACGACCGACCGCCGAAGAGCUUGUUUUUGACCCCUGGUUAAUGAAGGGCCUCUACGGUGAAGAAGAAAUGUGA